AUGGGUGAAGAUACCCGCCAUAAAUUUGCAGAUCAUCUCUACAGAGCUUUGAAUCAGAAAGGAGUUCGUACCUUUAGGGAUAAUGAAGAGCUAGGAAGAGGAGAAGAGAUUGCACCAGAACUUUUAAAAGCUAUUGAAGAGUCCAGGAUUUGCCUCAUAGUUCUGUCGGAAAACUAUGCCCGUUCUAAGUGGUAUUUGGAUGAACUGGCAAAGAUCAUGGACUGCAGGCAGAAAAUGGGAAAAUUAGUUUUUCCGAUUUUCUACCAUGUGGAACCAUUCCGUGUGCGAGGACAGACUGGGAGUUACGAAGAAGCAUUUGAAAUGCAUGAAAAAAAUGCAGACCAGGAGCUUCUUGAAAAGUUAAAUACUAUCCGAUUGAGUUCCUGUCAACGCCUCAUUGAAAUUCCAGACAUCUCAGUUAGUGCGCCCAAUCUGGAGAAACUAACUCUUGAUGGUUGUUCAAAUUUGGUUAAGGUUCACCCAUCUAUUGGAAAGCUGAGAAAGCUUAUUUUGUUGAAUUUGAAAAACUGCAAAAAGCUUAGCAGUUUUCCAAGCAUCAUCGACAUGGAAGCGCUUGAAAUUCUUAAUUUGUCUGGCUGCUCAGAGCUCAAGAAGUUUCCAGAUAUUCAAGGUAACAUGGAACAUUUAUUGGAGCUUUAUUUGGCUUCAACAGCUAUUGAGGAACUUCCCUCCUCAAUUGAGCAUCUCACUGGACUUGUUUUAUUGGAUCUGAAAAGGUGCAAAAAUCUUAAGAGUCUUCCCACAAGUGUCUGUAAGUUGGAAUACCUUGAAUAUCUCUUCUCUCUGGUUGUUCGAGGCCUUGUUUUAUUGAAUCUGAGGAAUUUCAAGAAUCUCGCGAGUCUUCCAAAAGGCAUGUGUACAUUGACAUCUCUUGAAACACUCAUUGUCUCUGGUUGUUCACAAUUAAACAAUUUGCCAAAGAACCUUGGGAGCCUGCAACAUCUAGCGCAGCUGCAUGCAGAUGGAACUGCUAUAACACAACCAUCUGAUUCAAUUAAAUUAGAUCUAAGCAGAAACGAUUUUCUAAGCAUACCUGCUGGCAUCAGUGAACUUACAAGCCUAAAAGACCUCCGACUGGGGCAGUACCAGAGUCUCACAGAAAUUCCAAAGCUUCCACCAAGUGUCCGAGACAUACAUCCACACAAUUGCACAGCACUUUUACCAGGCUCGUCAAGUGUAAGCACAUUGGAAGGGCUACAGGUCCUAUUCUAUAAUUGCUCCAAAUCAGUUGAGGACCAAUCCUGUGGUGAUAAGAGGAAUGAAAUGCAAAGAUUUCCACAUAAUUAUGUGUCUUCCACUGCUUCUGUUUCCUCUCUAACUACUUCACCAGUUUUGAUGCAAAAGUUGUUUGAAAAUAUUGCAUUUAGUAUUGUUUUUCCUGGCAGUGGAAUCCCUGAGUGGAUCUGGCAUCAGAGUGUGGGAUCUUCUAUUAAAAUAGAGCUACCUACAGAUUGGUAUAAUGAUGACUUCUUGGGAUUUGCUCUCUGCUCUGUUCUUGAACAACUUCCUGAAAGAAUUAUAUGCCAUUUCAAUUCUGAUGUUUUUUAUUAUGGAGACUUGAAAGACUUCGGUCAUGAUUUCCAUUGGAAAGGCAACCAUGUUGGGGCAGAACACGUCUGGCUGGGUUAUCAACCAUGUUCCCAGUUGAGGUUGUUUCAAUUCAAUGACCCCAAUGACUGGAAUCCCAUUGAGAUUUCUUUUGAAGCAGCCCACAGAUUCAACUCAAGUGCAUCCAAUGUGGUGAAGAAGUGUGGGGUAUGUCUUAUUUAUGCAGAAGACCUUGAAGGAAUCCAUCCAGGAAAUAGAAAACAACUUAAAAGUAGGGGUUGUAAUGUAGUCGAGAGAAGCAGUGACAGAGCAGGAUUCAAUCGAAGUGGAAUGGACUCCAGUUAUAGUGGCAGCAAUGACAGACCCACCAACCAUCCCACGCUCAAGCGCAAGCGUCCUCUAGAAUGA